CUUACCAGUUUUAGGACAAUAUCUUAUCAUUGUGAUAACCGAGGCCUCUCCAGUAGAGAGCAAACCUAAGAAUAGGCAUUUAGACUCCUCCCUCUUCCUGUAUUCACACUAGGGAAAGGAUACGGGGACAGUAUAUAAGGCCCAGCAUCCCCGGAUCUCGCCACACGACAACCUGUGUUCUACCAGACGUUAUACAAGAUGCUCAUUGAGAUAGUACUCACCCUUGUGGUCCUCCUUGCUGGAUUCCUCUGGCAUCUGAAGCGCCAUUUCAGCGUGUUCAAGCGUCUAGGAAUCCCUGGGCCGGAACCUUCAAUCAUCUCUGGCAAUCUGAUGGAAAUCAUGAAGAAAGGCCAGUUUCAAGCAACCGUUGACUGGAGUAAGAAAUACGGACGAAUCUUUGGUUACUUUGAGGGCUACACUCCUGUCAUGUCCGUUAGUGACCCUGACCUUCUCAAACAAAUUCUGGUGAAGGAUUUCAAGAACUUUCAAUGCCGUAAACAAUUCCCCCUGGCACCCCGGAAGAGUCUUGGGCUGUUCCUGGAGAACGGUCAGCAAUGGAAACGGAGUAGGAACCUGUUGACACCUGCAUUCAGCUCUGGGAAAAUGAAGCAGAUGUUUUCAAUCAUAACGGACACUGCUGACAUUCUGAUUGACAACUUGGAAAAGAAGGCAGCAUCCGGGGACUCCUUUGAUAUCUACAGUACCUUCCAAUGUCUGACCCUUGACGUCAUCGGCAGGUGCGCUUUCGGCCUCCGCACAGAUGCCCAGACCGACCCCAACGACCCUUUCCUCAACAACAUCAGGACUUUGUUCAACACUCUGUCCAAGACUCUCAUCCUCCCCUUAGUCAUGUUUCUUCCUUUCCUCUCUUACGUGGUGUUCUUCCUCAAGAACCUCGUGGUCAUCUUUGGUAUGAAUCCCGUAGUCUGGCUGCGCGAGCAGAUGAAGGAAGUCAUAACCAUCAGAAAAGAAAUGGGGGAAAACAGUAGCAUAGUGGACCUGGUCCAGAUGAUGUUGUUUCCCGAGAAGGCCCGAGGUAACGAGAAGGAUCCCCUGAAGAAGGCAAUGACUGACAGAGAGGUGGUGGCGCAGAGUAUGACCUUCCUUCUGGCGGGAUACGAAACCACCAGCACAGUAUUGGCUUUCUUCAGUCACAUACUCGCUGUACACCCGGACGUGCAUAAGAAACUCACCUCAGAGAUCGAAAAGAAAGUGGGACAGCGUGACAUCACAUAUGACUCCGUUCAGAACCUGAAUUACUUCGAUAAGGUGUUCGAUGAAGUCUGUCGCCUCUACCCAACUGCCUCAUUGAUUGUGACAAGAAGGGCAGCUGAAACGAAAACGUACAAUGGCGUCACCAUCCCUGCUGGUAUGAACAUCCAUGCCAACGUAUGGGCUCUCCACCAUGACGAGGAAUUCUGGGAAAGUCCGGAAACUUUUGACCCGGAAAGAUUCUCCAAUGAAAAGAAGAGUGCUGCAGCUGGAUAUACCUUCCUUCCCUUUGGGGCGGGGCCACGUGCUUGUAUUGGAAUGAGGUUCGCCAUCCUAGAAGCUAAGAUUACGAUGGCCAAAAUAUUACAAAAGUUUACCAUACAGAAAGCAGAAGACACAAAACUUAACCUUCAGUUAGAAGCCCGGGGUGCCAUUGUUCCUAAGGAGGAGGUGAAGGUCAAACUGAUGAGGAAGUCAUGUGACGCUGGAAACAGAAGACGCGGUUGAGGCUCAUGAUGAUCCUUUAAAUGACCAAAGAUGUAAUGAAAGUCAUGCCCACGUGACUUAUGCACUAAGCACUCUCAGAGGCCAGUCAGGGAGUCCCAUCUGGAAGGCCAGUCUCGACGCCCGUCCAAAGAAGUCCGUCUACAACAUCAGCCUUGGAAGGACCGUCCGACCUUGACCUGAGAGGAAACUGAAGUUUCACACCUAUAGUGCUAACGCUGCAUAAACAAGUAGAUCUGCUUUAAACAGAUCACGAACAUCUGAUCAAGACAGAACGUUUUUAUGUGCAGCAUGUAUACAUGUUAUGUAUAUAUGCAGCUUUAUGUAAAGUCUGAUCACUGGCAGGUGAAAGUCAGCGGUCAAUGAUGUGAAUGUCAUGUGUGUCAGCCAAGAACAGUUCCUACAUAUACUUAAUGCUAUACCUCAAUGUUUAUCUUUUAUGUUUGAUAUUAGCCUCGAUAAAAUAAAUAAAUAAUUUGUGUGUAUA